AGCAGCCCAUAGAAUUGGAAAAGAUCUUCAACAACUGUAUAUCAGAAAGGUAGCUGAUCUCCAAAAUGUAUAAAAAAAUUAGACAUCUAAAAACCAAAUCCAACUAAAAUAUGGGAUUCAGAUUUAAACAGAAUUUUCAGUAGAAGAAUCUCAAAUGGCCAAAAGACAUUUAAGGAAUUGCUCAACAUCUGUAGCCAUCAGGAAAAUGAAAACCAAAAUGACUCUGAUCCAUAUUACACCAUAAUACACCAUUCACAAUGGCUAAGAUAAAAGACACCUAUGAUAGCUUAUGAUGGAGAUGAAGUGGAAAAAGGGGAACACUCCUUCAUUGCUGGUGGGAAUACAAAUUUUUAAUCACUUUUGAAUCCAGUAUGUCUAUCGGUUUCUCAGAAACUUGGGAAUAAAUCUACCUCAAGACCAAGCAAAAUCAUUCAUGGGCAUAUUCUCAAUAGAUGCACACUCAUACUACAUGGUCAUUUGCUGAACCAAGUUCAUAUCAGCAUUAUUUGUAAUAGCCAGAACUGGAAACGACCUAGAUGCCCCUCAACUGAAGAAUGAAUAAAGACAAUGUGGUACAUUUACACAAUGGAGCACUACUCAGCAGUAAAUACUAUAACAUCUUGAAAUUUGUAGGAAAAUGGGUGAAUGUAGAAGCCAUACUGAGUGAGGUAACCCAGACCCAGAAAGUCAAACAUGGUAUGCACUCUCUCAUAAGAGGAUAUUAGACAAAGGAAAGGAUAACCAUCCUAAAGUCCAUGACCACAGAGAAGCUGGGUAACAAGGAGAACCUUAAGAGAGACCUACAAGGAUCCUCCUGGGAAGGUGAAAUUGACCAGACCUCCUGAGAAAACUGAUUGAGAGCAUUGGGGGUGGGAGGUAAUUGAGGGAUGGAGAAGAGGUAGAGAGAAGAAUGGAGGAGAAUGUGAGGGAAUGGGAUGGUAAAAAUGGGGGAAGGACAAAGAAGAAGAUCAAGGAUAAUGUUAUCUUGAUUGAGGGACUCAUUAUGGGUCAACUGAGAAACAUAGCACAAGCGAUAUUCCCAGGAAUCCACCAGAAUGACCCCCAACUAAGACCCUAAGCAUUCGUGCAGAAGAUCCCCAAGCUGGCCUUCUCCUGUAAUCAGAUUGAUGACUACCUCCAAUUGUCAUCAGAGGACCUUCAUUCAGCAACCGAGGGGAGCAGAUUCAGAGAUCCACAGGUCUGUGAAGAAUUAUGCUGGGAUUUUGAUGGGCAUUGCAUUGAAUGUGUAAUUGCUUUUGUGUUUUUAAUGGACCAGAGCAUCUGGGCACAGUAUGGACCCCCACCCCAGCCGUACAUCUGGGCAGUUCCAGGUGCUUUGAUUCCCACAGGCAGUGAUGUGAGCAUCUUCUGCAGGACCCCUCCAGGGGUGACCACAGUGCGUCUAUACCAUUAUGAACCUUAUGGAAGAUGGUUUGAUCAUACCCCAGAGGGAGCCCAGGAGGUGUUUGAAUUCAGUCUGCAGAGGAUGACACAUGAGAAUGUGGGAGUUUACUACUGUGAAUACAGAAAGGGAGGUGAAUGGUCACAAAAGAGUGAUCUUCUGAAUCUGGUGAUGACAGGUGUUUACAAGGAGAAGCCAUCCCUUACUGUGGAUUCAGGACCUCAGGGAUUCUCAGAAAGAAAUGUGACUCUCCUCUGUCACACACCUCAUUCCUUUGACACCUUCAUUUUCUGCAGAGGUGGAAAUGCUUCCUUACCCCAGAACUGCUCAAGUCAGUCCCAUAACACAUUCCUCAUCUCCCCUGUGAGCCCAGGGCACAGGAGGACCUACAGAUGCUUUGGCUCUACCAAAAACAAUUCCUUCUUUUGGUCCCUGCCUAGUGAUCCCCUUGAGUUGUCAAUCCCUGUGUCUCCUCUGAAAAACCAUCAGUACAUCAGUCCUGUGGAGAACGUAAGAAACAUUGACAGAAGAGAACUCAGAAACAGCAGUGCCAGAUUUCUUUAUGGAGGAGACUUAUUUCUUUAUAUCUUAGAACCUCUGGUCAUUUGGGAUGUCUUGGGGCUCUAACAGACUGGACAUGAUUCAGUGUCUUCUGCUUCAAAUUACAUUUUAGACAAUCGCGUCCGGCACAUUAUGGCUAUCUUCAUUGUGUUAACCCUUGGAGUUCUAUUGCUGGAUGCUUGGAAGAGCAGAAGAGAGCCCAUGGGGCCUUUACAGAGUCCUAAGAUGAGAACCUAGAUGCCCCCUUCUACACCUCAAUAAAAUGUUGGCAAUCAAGA